AUGCCUGCUCCCCCAGAGAACCCAGAGACAGAUGUUGAUACGUCCUUAUAUCUCCACGCCGAACUCCUCCCGAACAUCCGUCAUAUCACACUCUACAUCUCGUUACCGGCCAAUCUAGGUAGCCAGAACAUCCAGCCACUGAUAACCCUUUCAGAAUCUCGUCAAGCUGUCUCGGUAUCCCUGCCGAAACCCUUCGACCAUGUAACUGAUACCAUCAAGCUGCCCGCGCGGGUUAAUGAAGCCUCGCGGCGCAUUCUAGCCACCAAUAGACAGGGCGCUGCGGCUACCGCGGAUAAUGGUUCGCGCACUGGGCGACGCGAAUUCUCGUUCCGAAUGCAGAUUGAUGAUUCGGAUGCUUCGCCUCCCCGCCAGGAUGCGCUCAUCGAUGAUUUCGUGCCCUGGACGGCAGCGGAUAUGUCGCCGUCGACGAGACUGCGUUGUCGCGGGUGUGAGAAUGCCGUUCUGGAUACGCCUCGGUGCGCCGAUUCCCAGACCGGUCCAGAGGGUACCGGUCCAGAAGGCUGGACGUGGAAGGACCUGCCGAGCGGGAACUGGGCCGAAAUGAUGGAUUUCUGGCAUUGUCAUAAACCUGACCCUCCUGAAGGCCAUGGCCAUGGGGAAGACCCCAAUGCCCAGACCAAGGGGUAUGGAGCGGCGAAUCAGGUCGUGGCGACGGCCGGGACGGUCCUCGUGGACGUGGCGACGUUUCUGGUCUCGGAGGCGGAUUGCAGGGGAUUGAAGAAGGUACAAUCCUCGACGGAAGAGUCCGCCCAAAAGAAAGAAAUAUCUUUGAACUGCGCCAAAUGCAAUGCCACGAUCGGUAUAGAAGACGCCGUAUCGCAGGGCUGGCGUCUCUUCAAGACAAGCCUAUCCGCCAAUAUCUCCCCAGACCCAUCAACAUGGGAAACCCACCCCAUCGAAACCAUCGUCGCGGCUCAACUCCUCGAGCUCAUCGAGCGGGAAAGCGCCCGUCGCUUCGUCAUCCACUGCGACAGGCCAAAUGGACUCCUCCUAUGGGUCUUCAACCCCGACUUUCGGUACUCCAGCUCCAGCUCAGAGCAUACUGUUUCCUCGCAGCGGGCGAUGAAGGUCCUCUUCCAGGAGAUUGGGGAUGUAGAUAGCAUUCUGAAUCCGGGUACGGGUUCGUCGUCUCUUUCGCUGGAGGAGGUGAGGGUCCCUGAGUCUGUGUAUGAGGCCGUUGAGCGGGAUCUGAAGGUCAGGAAUGAGAUGUUGCCGGCGUCUGCGAGGGAGUUUCGGGAGUGGAGGGUUGGGGCUUUGCAUCGGUUUGAGAGCCUCAUCAUGCCCCCUAGCAAUAACAACACUCCCAGACCCUGGGGAAGCCACUGUUCCGGGGUGACUCCGGACAGCACCGGCUGCAGAAACUUCGCCCAAGGCGGCGCAUUCAUGGAGAGUGACGACGAGGAGGGUCUAGCCUGGCAGCAUGUCGAAGAUAUAUCUACCCUGGCGCCUGAGGACAAAGACUUUUCAACUGGUGCGACGGGCCGUGUUCGUGAGAGUGGCUUUAAGAAUGGUACCUCUGGCUCUGCUGAGGCAAGUGGUUCUAAGAAGGGUUUCUUUGGCUCUGGUGCGAAUGGGAAGAGUCCUGCUGGGAAGAAAUGA